AGCCAUUCAUGUCAAGCAGCCCACAUUCCUAAGCGGUGUGGAAGAUGACGGCUACUAGCACCACCAGUGUCGCUAUGUCUCGGAUCGGAAGCAUUAUGAGACCCAUGGAUUGGGUGAGCACUGGGGUCAGCACUGCCGCGACGGGAGCUGAAUUUGUGCAGCACCGUCUGGACAAGUCAGGUCUCGUCGACAGCAUUGCCAAGACCGAGCUGGAGAGCGGGGACCACAUCUACGCCUGGAGGCUCGGCUUUUCGUACAACCAUCACGGCAUUGUUGUCCGGACGGCGCCCUGCGAGCCGGGCUGCCAGCAUGAUUCCCUGGAGUGUUGUUGCGUCGUGCAUUUCGUGCCUCCUUCGGAGACCAAUGGCAAUUUCGGCCGUAUGGAAGUGGUGUCGCUCGCCCAGUUUUCUCAGGGCAGGAGCGUCUGUAAAUGCCACUAUGGGGUUCCGAGCGUCAACUUCUAUUUUCAGCGCUCUGGCUCGUGCUCCACAGACCAGCGGGACCCAAAGCCGUUCAGCGUGUUGCGGGCCCUGAGUCUGCUGGACGUGGGUGGCGACGCAGCUGCGCUAGAGGAUGCCGCGGCUCAGGCCGUCGAGUACAGCUUGCUGAACAAGAACAACGAGCUGUUCGCGCGCUGGUGCAAGGUCGGCGACGCCAGCGGGGUGCGGCGCUUCCGCUCCCGCGAGACGGCAUUCUCGCCACAGACGGCCCCGGGCCGCUUCGUGCGCCUCGGCCUGGCCGUGGCAGUGCCGGUGGGCCUCCCGGAGGCGUCGUCCUUCGUGGCCGGCGGCGCUGCGACGGGCGCCGCCGCGGCGGCCGGCGCCGGCUCCGCGGCGGCCGCGACGGCCGCAGAGGCCAGCGGCUCGGUGGCGGCUGCGGCGGCCGGGGGCGCGGAGGUGGCGGCCGGCGCGGGCGCUGCGGCGGCCGCCGGCGCCGAGACGGGGUUGAGCGCCUCGGCGAUGGCGGCCGGACAGGCCGCACGCCAGGCAGCGGCAGCCGCGGGGCGGCACGUCCUCCGGGCCGGCAGCCUCGCCGCCUCCGAAGCGGCGCAGAGCUGCUGCUGGACGUCGCGUCGGCCAGAGUACGCCGCGGGCCUGCUGCUGCAUGCCGCGCCCGCUCUGGCCGCCGCCGUGGCCGGAAGUGCCUCGGCGGCAGGCUCGGGCAGCGGACGUGGCUUGCCAGAGGCGCAGCGGGAGCAGGAGGGUCGCGCUAUCGUGGCGUCGUUCCGGGACUGUUUGGUCAACUUGGGCGUGAGCAUGCCAAAGAGCCUUGCCCCCCUGGCGGGGUGCCCGUAUGGCUGCAGCCGCUUGUGUGAGAUGUUCGUGGACGUCUUUGAGGGGGCUGACUGUCACGACUUAGAGACGUGCAGGGUUCUCUUCCAGAGCUUUUUGGACGAGCUUCAUGCAUGAUAGUAUCUCCCCCACCGCAUCCUACAGAUCAAAAGCCCAGCUACACGUAAACUGUAUGAUUAUCCUGUAUGUUAUAUCUUAUCAGAUUCGCUCCUCUCCUGGGCACUCUGCGCAACCUGCCCCCACAACGUGGAGUGGCCUCCCCUCUCGUACAGACUAGGAUUGUCAUAUUCCUGUUCCCACGCCGUUGCGCAGGAAUUCGAAUUAGCGAUUGCCAGCGCUCGUGCGCAUAGCGUGAGGCGGCAUUGUGCUAUAAAAGCCCGCCCACUUUUCCGGAUCCUGUAUCAUCUACAUAUAUAUAUAUAUAUAUAUAUAUAUAUAUAUUCUCUUUGUACAUUUUGUUCCCUGUUCGAAAGACUCACCAGCAUCGGUGCAUUCCGGUGUAGAUAAACAUGUGUUGCCUGCUGUGAACAAUCAUUGCAGGGUGCUUAGUAGAAUCUUGCCAGCCUGUGCGUCGAAUGAACCACUUUCCACGUUGAGUCAGAGGGCGUUCGGCAAGUUAGGCCUCAAUAGCAGUGAUGUGCCGCCGUUUUUCGUCCAGUUCUUCCACGUUGUCGUAUCUGCGCCUUGGCGCCGUCAUACCUUUCUACCAUCGCCGCUAUCGGAAUCGCCGCUUUAGCAGUCGGUAGCUACAGAAGGUUAGGUAAUGAAGCGCAAUCCGCGAGCGCGCCGCCGCUCAAGAGGGCCAGUGCGGGA